AUGGGGAAUGAACAUCUACCGUGUAAGCUUGAGCCUUCGACGACACGAUCAUGGACACCACGAUAUCUGUUGAAAGGCUGGCUAACUUGUUUCGGCUCACAGAUGCUGCUGAUGCUGAGAGGUAUGUCUUAUCUUGUGACACAGGUCUUCGCGACCAUGAGAAGACGUCUAUAUGGAUUUCCCUGUAUACGAUGCUUCGACUGACUGACUGACGCAUCGGCCCGCAGUCCCUUGAAGCCAGCAGAGCUCCAGGUCUUACGCUCUCAGUACGAAAAGGAAGGCGAAUAUGUGUCUCUCCAGACAAAGUUCAACUUUGCAUGGGUAUGUUCCGGCGGAGAAGACGCAGAUGCGCAAUCUCUAAUUAAUCUCCUAGGGAUUAAUCAAAUCCGCCGAUCGAUCCGACCAACAAGAAGGCGUUCGCCUGCUCUCCGACAUCUUUCGCGCCAGCCCAGACCGACGACGAGAAUGCCUUUACUAUCUUGCUCUGGGCAAUUACAAACUCGGAAAUUACGCCGAAGCAAGAAGAUACAACGAUAGCCUCCUCGAGAUCGAACCGAAUAAUCUACAAGCACAGAGUCUGAGCCAGUUGGUGGAAGAUAAAGUGAACAAGGAAGGUCUCAUGGGUAUGGCUAUUGUAGGAGGUCUGGCGGUCGCUGCGGGAGUCGUUGGAGGUAUGAUAUUCAAGGGAGCACAGAAAAGGAGAUAA